UAUUUAUUUGAAAAUAUAGAAAAAUAAAUCUCAUUACAUAUUAAUUAACAUGUUGUUGUUAAAUUGUGUACUUUUAGUUGUUGUGUUAUUUCGAAAAUGUGCAAAUACAGGUUUAAUUUUAAGUAUAAAGGAUUUAUCGAAAACUCUGGAAGGUCCCAAAUGGCCGAAUGAAUAUUAUUUAAAAGGGGAAAUUGAAGACAUUUUUAAUGCUGGCUCGGAACCUUUUGAGAUUUGGUACAAAGAAAAUCUGAAUCGAUCCCGCGUGGACGUUUACGAUGGUUCGGUGAAAAAGUUCUAUUGGGCUGAUCGCGAGAAACUUAUAACGUUCUACCCGAAAACGGAGGAUUUGGAAACUAUUGAAAUAGCUUGUGAUUAUGAGCCUCGGAAUAAGCUGCCGUACAACAUUUUGCCGGCCGAUCUGAACUGGACGUUAACUGGUUCCGGGACAUAUAACGGGUUGGAUACCCUUGUUUGGGAGGCGAAGGACAAAAAAUACCAUUACACUACGGUCACUCGAAAAGAAGAUGAUUUUGAUGUACCGAUAAGACUGGAUAAAACCAAGUAUGAAGUCGGAACCGGCAUGAGCACUGACCAUUCAAACAUAAUAUUCUUUGACUACAACUCCACUGUGGAAGAGGCUACCCUUGACGUAGAAUCUGAGAAGUUAGAAGAAUGUGGAUUUUAUUAUAGUACAAUUGAGGAGAAACUACAACAUUUAAAAUCCUAUAUUAGUCACGAUGUUGAGGUCGCUUUUACAAGAUACAAGAGCCACCACAAGAAAACUUACAACGGAAACGAACAUGAAAUGCGGGAAGAAAUUUUCCAAAAUAACUGGAGACGUGUCCAAUCCCAAAACAAUAAGAACAUGGGUUACAAGCUCGAACUGAACAAAUUCGCGGACUGGACUGAUGAGGAACUGGCUUCCUUGCGAGGAGCCCUGCCUUCGAAAGUCAACGACCCCGGGACCCACCCCUUUCCUCACACUUUGGAGGAACUUGACAGGCUUGUCGAAGAGUUGCCUGGAGAGUAUGACUUAAGGUUGGAAGGAGAUCUUCCGCCGAUUAAAAACCAGCUAGCAUGCGGCUCGUGCUGGGCCUUCGCGACCACACUGACGGUGGAAGCAGCCAUCAUCAAGAAGUUAGGAGGGGUCCAACUGGAUUUGAGCGAACAAUCCCUGGUCGACUGCGCUUGGUCAUAUGGAGCCCUUGGUUGCAAUGGAGGAUUUGUUGACGUCGCGUUCAAGUACGUGACAGAUCACGGGAUUCCAACUGAAACCGAGUACGGCAGAUAUUUACAUGAGGACGGUUUCUGUCACAUAAACAACAUGACGGUGACCCAUCACAUCCGUGGCUUCACCCAGGUGACACCACAUAGCGUCAACGCUCUCAAAUAUGCGGUGUACACAUAUGGAUCAGUAGAGGUCUCCAUACACGCCAGUGCUGAUAUGACUUUGUAUUCUAGCGGAGUGUUUUAUGACAUGGCUUGCGAAGGGGAACUUCUGAACCAUGCAGUGGCCGUGGUCGGCUACGGAUCGCGUGACGGUGAGCCCUACUGGAUCGUGAGGAACUCCUGGGGCGAGACCUGGGGGGAGGACGGGUACAUCCUCAUGUCUGCCAAGGACAACAACUGUCUGUUACUGGACAAUCCGUAUUAUCCUGUUGUAUAGACACAUUUGCACACCUAUAUCUCGAGGGCUGCCUAUUCCGGCCUAUAAAUCGGAAAUUCCAGCUAUAAAUUAUCGCCAAACAGUUCACCGAUCGUUGGCAAUGUUCACGCAUUCACGUCGGAAACUGUCCAAUUCGGCGUGUUCCAAUAGUGUGUAGCCGACAUAAUACAGAUCCUAUAAGGGAUCUAUUAGUCUGUUCAAUAUACAUAAUCUCUAGGGGAUAACCUAACCUAACCGUAUGCAAAAUUACCUAUAUAUUUUUGUCUUCCAGCCUGUGGUUGUGUCUCACUGCUGGACGAAGCCCUUCCCUUCAUUAUUAUGCGUUCAAUACAUUUUAUGCCAUUACUAAUUGACUGUAAAACAUGAGUGUAUGUUUUACUAUUUGACUUUACGAGUCUUAAUUAUUACAUUUUUGAACAAUUUAAUAUCUCUCCUAAAUAUAACAAAAAUAUCAUGCAAUAUAACAAUUAUUAUCACACUUUUUGAAUUAAUUUCAUCGUAUUUUGAAACAUAUUGUACAUAAUUAUGUUACAUUGUUUUUAUGUCUCAACUAUAUGUACGUACUAAUACACUAACAACCAGUGAUAAACCAUAUUUAACUGAAUAAAAAUCAUUCAUUCAUUCAACUAAACGAAUUAAAUUAAAAAAUAAAUUGUCAUUUAAAAAAA